CGAUCUUAUGAUAUGUUUAUUUGUAUAGCCACAUGAAUAUAUGAUCAAUGUACUCACGUGCUUUGAGAUUUUUUACUGUGAAGUUAGAUUUAUUAUAGUGUUUUGUAACUUUUUAAAAUAUGAAAAGAACAGUUAUACUUUAUGUGUGUUUUAGUUUCUUAAUAUGGGACCUGGUGCAAAGUGAAGACUCGUGUAAAAAGACAUCGUCAUGUUCAUGUAAAUUUUCCAAUGGAGCAGCUAUUAAUCUUAACCAGCUUUCAAACACUGAUCAAACGCCAAGAUUUGCAGAUCAACUAGAUCCCAAUUCUAAUGCUGAUGUGUAUUCCUGGAAUCCAUGCCAACCUUUCAAUGAAGGGGACUGCAUGAACGUGGCUGUUUGUAAUGUCCACAACAAUAUUCCCAAUGCGUCAUAUUUUACACUCGGCGAUCAGGAUUCUGCUGUGUUUAGCACUUCAGGAAAAGUAACUAAAUUAACAUAUAUUUACGCAGGAACGGGUGGUGCUCAAAGAUCAGCUGAAUUCACAUUGACUUGUGAUGAAAAUGAAGAAGGUUCACUUGAUGUUAAAGGAGAGAUUCCACUAGGAAGCGGUGAAUAUUUUUUUGAGUUACAGACUAAAUAUGCAUGUGUUGACUUCGGUGGAAUAUCGAUAGGAACAAUAAUUCUCAUAUCGUUUUUAUGCUUUAUUGUUGUAUACCUGGUAUUAGGAAUGUCUAUUCAAACCUUUGUAAGGAAAGCAUCGGGAAAACAAAGAAUACCAAAUUAUUCUCUUUGGUCGGCAGUUCCAGGAUUAGUAAAGGAUGGUACAGUGUUUGUUGUCACACGUGGGAAAAGAACGUCAUACUCGAAUAUUUAAAUCUGAAUUCUCUGAAACAGCUUUUAAAGUAUUGAACUUUAGUUGCUUACACUAAUUUACAAAGAGUUUUCAUAUAUACAAGAACUCAACAGUAUUAAGUAAGGUCCGUUGUCUAUUUUAUUAUCUACCUUCUAUAAAGGCUGUUGUGAUUGAAUGACUGUUUGCAAUCUUUGUCAGUAAUAUCUGGAGUAUUAUGACUUCGAUGUAAAUAACACUUAAAAAAAAAUGUUCGUUUUGUGUUUAUCUAGCUACUUUGAGUUUUUUUUAUACCACUGUUUUUACUUGUUGGUAAAAUAGCAGAAGUCAUGCAUUGUGUUGAUAAACUCUAUAUGUUAUAUAAGAAUUAAUCUUGUACAUUCAAUAAAAAAAAAUAUAAUAAGAUAACUGAAAACAUGUGCGUUCAAGUUGUUCUAUUUUAAUCAAAUAACACUGUGUAUCAUCGUCAUUAGGAAUAAGGUACCAACAAAGCGGUUGGCUAUUCUAUCAAAGUCUAAACCAGCUGUUUGAAAAUGCAUGUCCUGUUUUACCUAUAUUGCAUCCCACAUCUAUAAAGACCAUUCAUUUUUACAUAUUGAAUAAAAUCGAUCUAAAACUCUCUAUUUUUAUUUGUUUAUUUUGUCCUGAAUGCUAGAAAUUCAAACUUUUUGAAUUACUUAGAUUUAAUGAUGCAGUAUAUAUGUUGUGUUCAUUUGAAAAAGGAUUUUCCUGUUUUACCUUCAGAUUGCAUGCCACACUACAUAUCGAAUAAAACCAAUCUAAAACUCGCUUAAUCUGUAAGUGUAAAUAAUAAUUCUACGUAUUCACAAAACAACUUCCUUGUCUAGUGCACAACUACAUGUACAUGUAUUACAUGGACUUACAUAUACUGUCGAUCUAUAUAAUACAUGUUUACGUUUCCUAUGUAUAUGAUGUAAACUUGCAAAAUGUAAACCUAUGUAGUAUAUAAAGACCUACAGAUUUAUUUCAUACAGAUAACUCUCAAUUAGAUAUCUCAGUCACCAAAAACCAUCAAAAUGAACAAAUCCAUCAUCCUUGUCCUGGUCCCAUGCCUUGUUGCUUUUGUCAUGGCCCAGCAAUACGGAUACCAAUCCGGAUACCAGUCAGGAUACCCAGCUUACUACGGAAAUCAACUUAAUGCUUACACACAACAGACCAGACUGUACAACUAUGGAAACUCUGCCACAGCUCAACUCCAAGGAGCCAAACUUCUUAACUACUUGUUCGGAUUCUUGCUUCUCUUGGACUUCACAAACGCAACAGGAAACACAUUGAGCAGCAACUUCUUGGGUUAAGCUAUAUGAUGCUUACUACGUAUACAUAGUCAACUUAAAAUAAGAUGUUACUGCAGGAUAACUUGAUUUGCUAGCUCGACCUGCAUUACCUUAAAUUACGUCGUUUCUCGGUUCCAAUGUUGUGUUUUCACAAGAGUAGAAAACAGAAGUUUUACUGAUUAUUUAGUGUUUCAAGUCGAUAUGCAGAAGUUUAUGUUAACAACUUAUAUAAUUUAUUUUUACAGUUACUAAAAUAAAAAAAAAUGUAUGAAUAA